AUGUCCUAUUUUCCAAUUCUUUUUUUUUUCCUCAAAAGGUGUCCAAGCUACACAGAGCCACAGAAUCUCACAGGUGUCUCAGAAUUCCUUCUCCUGGGACUCUCAGAGGAUCCAGAAUUGCAGCUGGUCCUCGCUGGGCUGUUUCUGUCCAUGUACCUGGUCACGGUGCUGGGGAACCUGCUCAUCAUCCUGGCUGUCAGCUCUCACUCCCACCUCCACACCCCCAUGUACUUCUUCCUCUCCAACCUGUCCUUGGCUGACAUCAGUUUCACCUCCACCACGGUCCCCAAGAUGAUUGUGGACAUGCAAACUCACAGCAGAGUCAUCUCCUAUGCAGGCUGCCUGACUCAGAUGUCUUUUUUUGUCCUUUUUGCAUGUAUGGAUGACAUGCUUCUGAGUGUGAUGGCCUAUGACCGGUUUGUGGCCAUCUGUCACCCCCUGCACUACCGAGUCAUCAUGAACCCACACCUCUGUGGCUUCUUAAUCUUGUUGUCUUUUUUUAUUAGUCUUUUGGACUCCCAGCUGCACAAUUUGAUUGUGUUACAGCUCACCUGCUUCAAUGAUGUGGACAUUUCUAAUUUCUUCUGUGACCCUUCUCAACUCCUCCACCUUAGGUGUUCUGACACCUUCAUCAAUGAAAUGGUCAUAUAUUUCAUGGGUGCCAUAUUUGGCUGUCUCCCUAUCUCAGGGAUCCUUUUCUCUUACUAUAAAAUUGUUUCCUCCAUUCUGAGAGUUCCAACAUCAGAUGGGAAGUAUAAAACCUUCUCCACCUGUGGCUCUCACCUGGCAGUUGUUUGCUUAUUUUAUGGAAGUCUUGUAGGGUACCUCAGUUCAGCUGUGUCGCCAUCCCCCAGGAAGAGUAUGGUGGCUUCAGUGAUGUACACUGCGGUCACCCCCAUGCUGAACCCCUUCAUCUACAGCCUGAGGAACAAGGACAUUCAAAAUGCCCUGUGCAGGCUGCGCAGCAGAAUCAUCAAAUCUCAUCAUCUCCAUCCUUUUUGUUACAUGGGAUAG